AUGGACGUGUGUCUGAGCUCUGUGCAGCAGGCCGGGCGUCUGGAGGAAGGACUGGAUGCCCCAGGAGGCUGGCUAGAGGUUGAGAAGAAGGAGGUUGUCCAGAAAGACAGUGCUGAGGGACCCCCAGGAGAUUCUAAUGAGAUAGAGCCAUCUCUUCAAAGCCUCCAGAAAUUUGUUCCUACCGAUUAUGCCAGCUACACUCAGGAGUAUUACCGGUUUGCAGGAAGGAAGAUUGUCAUCCAAGAAUCGAUAGAGAGCUACGGAGCGGUGGUGUGGCCUGGGGCUACGGCUUUGUGUCAGUAUUUGGAGGAACAUGCAGAGGAACUGAAUCUCCAAGAUGCUAAGAUACUUGAAAUAGGGGCUGGACCAGGCCUCGUUUCCAUUGUGGCCAGUAUUUUAGGAGCUCAAGUCACAGCAACAGAUCUGCCCGAUGUCCUUGGAAAUCUUCAACACAAUCUUUUAAAAAACACUCUAAAAUGUACGGCCCAUCUGCCUGAAGUGAGGGCACUGGCAUGGGGGGAAGACUUGGAGCAGAACUUCCCCAAGUCCACUUUUUACUACGACUAUGUUCUGGCCUCGGAUGUGGUCUACCACCACUACUUCCUGGACAAGCUGCUUGCCACCAUGGUGCACCUGUCCCAGCCAGGGACCCUGCUGCUGUGGGCGAACAAGUUCAGAUUCAGCACUGAUUACGAAUUUUUAGACAAAUUCAAGCAAGUUUUUGAUACAACACUUUUAGCUGAAUAUUCAGAGUCAUCAGUGAAACUUUUUAAGGGGAUACGAAAAUGAGACUAAAUAAACAAAAUGCCUCUUGCAAUACUGGUGUGUCUUUUGAGCUGUGUUAGAAAUUGUAUUGG